UGUCAUAACUGUCAGAUCCUUAUUGUUUUGCUUGUUUAUUUUUAAUUUUUUUUCUGUAUAAUAAAUAAAAUAAUAACAAAAACAAUUUUGUUUUUAUAAAUAAAACGUGAUUAUGGAAGACGACGAGUGUAAGAUUCUUCAGCUCUCGGAUUGUGCCUUAAUGUGUAUUUUGUCCCAUUUAGACUCCACUAGUCUAUACAACUUGAGCAGAACUUGCACCAAAUUUGAACAAAUCGUCGAGGACAAACAGUUAUGGAAACUAAUAGAUGCAAGAGACAAUCCGAAUACGACAGAGAAGGCCCGAUAUAUAAGUGAGAGGGUGCACCAAGAAACCAGCCAGAUCAUGGUUAGGGCGGAGAGCACCCGUUGCGGCAAUAUCCGAGUGGAGGAUCUCAGAAGCUGGAUGAAAUUGCAAAAUUUACAGAUUUUAGCAUUGGAAAAUCAAUGUUUUAAUGGGAAAUUUAUUACCAUGAGAGACUUCCCGGUGUUAUUGGAGGAGUUGAGUUUGAAGAAGUCCCAUGUGAAAAAUGGAAAGGGAUUUUUCCAAAGUUCUCUUGACACAAUGAGAAAUUUAAGGGUUCUUAUUUUGGAUCAGUGCGACUGGAUUGACAGUAGUUUUUUUAUGUCAAUAGCCCGAUAUCCCAAGCUCCAGAUUCUCUCCAUAAUAAAAUGUAUGAGGCUCCACAUUAACGUAAUUCCUUACCUUAAUGUGGCGAGGCAUGGAUGUAAAUCCCUAAAAAUCAUUGAUAGUCGUUUCAAUUCUGUGGCCAAUGAGGUUCUUGUGCGCCCUCACAAACCCUUAUUUGCCAUGUACUUUCAAAGUAUGAGAUCUUAUCAGCUGGAUACAGGUAAGGCACUACUGCAGUGUUACAAUAUGAGUGUGGAGAAUAAGGAGCUUAUAUCGCAAAGCACUAUUAAAAAUCGCAGUCUGGACCAAUACAGGCAUUUUGUGCCUGAAAACUUGGUGCAAGAGUUGCCUCACAGUGUCUUAUAUGAAGAUCCUUAUCCGGAGUGCACUUGUAAUUAUAAAAGUGGGGGACCAGAAGAGUUAGGUGUGGAGGUGGCCGAAGACCAGCUGAUCCUCCUGGAUGAUUAUAUAAAUUAUGAUAUGUCUCAGACGUUUAUUUGUAAGAAACACUCCCACGAAUUGACCAAGUUGCCUAAGGAGUUUAAGAAUUUCUUCGAGCAGGGUCAAAAGAACUUUUUUCCAGCCUCUUCGGACACCGAUUCCGACUCGGACGACGACGACGACGACGACGACGACCAAGACUGUUGCAUGUUCGGCGUAGGGAAGUCCCAAAAGAUGAUCGUGUUAAAAGUUAGAGAGGUGGACUCGCAGGGGAACCUGCCCGAGCCCCAGGUCAUAAACUUCCGCCCUCCCCCGGAGCGACCCCAGCAGGAAAUCGACGUGAAUCUAUUCAGCGAACCCGAGAGGGAGCAACCUCAACCAUCAACCUCCGCGGGAGGAGGAGGUACCAAGAGGCGUCACUCCGGUUCAGCCUCAACGAUCGAACCCAAGAGGGCGAGAGAUGACGGAACGAACAACAAUAGACGCCACUCUGACGGUCCUAGCGUUACCUCGGUGAAUAUGUUAAUCGAUUUUUCUCGCCGGAAUAAUGCCGAAGGGGCGGGACCUUCUCGGUUGCAAGGGCCUCCCCAGGCGGCCGCCCCCUCCCCCCGCGUAACCAUCAGGAAUCCUUUUAGGUAUCAGAUCAAUAUGACCCAAUCCGGACGCAGGAUUGUCAGUUUGGUGACGUCGAUGCGGCCAAACAGACCGGAUCCUCCCGCAGAACAGGAAGAAAGAAUCAAAUUGAGACGGUUGUCUUUGAGGGGCUAUCGGGGCAUAACGGACCAGUGCCUUCGGAAUUUAUCGAAUCUUAACCUCAGUUUGCUCGACGUGACUUACACGGGCGUGACCAAAGAGGGAAUCGAGCAAUUUUUAACCGUGAACCCCAACUGUCGGGUGGUGCAUCCCAGUUUUUGCCGAUGCAAACCUCGUAUUCCUUGUUAGUUGAUUUAUUUCUACUGUUUACGCAUUAGGGUUUUUUUGCGUAAAACGUUUCGUUUGUUUCGCCCCCGUAUACGUUGGACCUCGACGCUUACGAGGGUACGUUGUAAAGUAUUAAUUACCUUUAAUAAUAUGAUUGAUUGUAUUUAUGAACUGAUUAAUUUAUAAAUAAAUUGCAUUGUUUCUAA